CGCAAGAUGGCGGCGGAGCGUCAGGGCGGCGGUGGCGGCCGCGGGGCCGGGGCGGAGGAGAACCGGGACGGCAGGGACGGCAAAGACAACAAGGAGAACGAGCGGCCCGCCGCGCCGCAGCCCGGUGGCCUCGGCGACAGCCUGGGCUUGGAGAUCCUGCAGAUCGUGAAGGAGUCACAGCAGCAGCACGGUUUGAGACAUGGGGACUUCCAGAGGUACAGGGGUUAUUGCUCCCGCAGGCUACGGAGGCUCCGAAAAACUCUCAACUUCAAGAUGGGCAACAGGCACAAGUUCACUGGGAAGAAAGUAACUGAGGAGAUUCUCUCAGACAACAGGUAUUUGCUGUUGAUCCUGAUGGAUGCAGAGAGGGCCUGGAGCUAUGCCAUGCAGCUGAAGCAGGAGGCCAACACGGAGCCCCGCAAACGCUUCCACCUGCUGUCGCGGCUGCGCAAAGCUGUGAAACACGCCGAGGAGCUGGAGAGGCUCUGUGAGAGCAACAGGGUGGAUGCCAAGACAAAGCUGGAAGCACAGGCGUACAUGGCUUACCUCACUGGGAUGCUUCGCUUCGAGCACCAGGAGUGGAAGGCAGCAAUGGAGGCUUUCAACAAAUGCAAGACCAUUUAUGAAAAACUGGCCAAUGCUUUCACAGAAGAACAAGCUGUGCUGUAUAACCAGCGUGUGGAAGAGAUCUCGCCCAACAUCCGCUACUGUGCCUAUAACAUUGGUGACCAAUCUGCCAUGAAUGAGUUGAUGCAGAUGAGACUGAGGUCUGGUGGCACUGAAGGUCUUCUUGCAGAAAAACUGGAGGCUCUGAUCACCCAGACUCGAGCAAAGCAGGCAGCCACGAUGAGCGAGGUGGAGUGGAGAGGGAGAACUGUUCCAGUGAAAAUAGACAAAGUGAGGAUCUUCCUGCUGGGCCUGGCUGACAACGAGGCAGCGAUUGCUCAGGCAGAAAAUGAGGAGACAAAGGAGCGUUUGUUUGAGUCUUUGCUCAGUGAGUGCAGAGAUGCCAUUCAGGCAGUCCGGGAAGAAUUGAAACCAGACCAGAAACAGCGAGAGCACUCUCUGGAAAAUGAUUCUGGGAAGGUGUCCAACAUCCAGUACUUACACAGUUACCUGACCUACAUCAAGCUCUCCACGGCCAUCAAGCGCAACGAGAGCAUGGCCAAGUCCCUGCAGAAGGCCCUGCUGCAGCAGCAGCGCUCGGACGAGGACGGCAAGCGCACGCCCCGGCCACAGGACCUCAUCCGCCUCUACGACAUCAUUCUGCAGAACCUCGUGGAACUGACGCAACUUCCAGGCCUAGAGGAGGACAAGAACUUCCAAAAAGAGAUUGGAUUGAAGACACUCGUGUACAAAGCUUACAGGUGUUUCUUCAUUGCCCAGUCCUACGUCCUGGUAAAGAAGUGGAGUGAAGCUCUCGUGUUAUAUGAACGGGUGCUGAAAUACGCCUGGGAAGUUCAGUCAGGAGCUGGAGCUCAUAGGAACAGCUUGAAGGAGCUGCCUGAUGUUCAGGAUCUGAUCACUCAAGUUAAUGCAGAGAAAUACUCCUUGCAAGCAGCAGCUAUAUUAGAUGCAAAUGAUCCUCAUGAGUCUGAGUCUCCAUCUCAGGUCAAGGAUGGCAAGCCACUCUCAGAACGGUUUGAGACUUUCUGCCUGGAUCCUUCUCUUGUCAGCAAGCAAGUCAACCUCGUGCACUUCCCACCAGGAUUCCAGCCCAUUCCAUGCAAACCCUUGUUCUUUGACCUGGCCCUUAAUCAUGUUGCUUUCCCACCUCUGGAGGACAAGGUGGAGCAGAAGGCCAAGAGUGGCCUCACAGGAUAUAUAAAGGGCAUUUUUGGAUUCAAAAGUUAACCAGGACCCCCAGAGAAACAGAGGUUUUAUUCUGUAUUGAAGGAAAAGCUCCAAGAGGUUCUAGGACACCAAUACCUGCACCUGAAACCAACAGAGGGAAGUUUUACCACCUUCUCUCCUGUGUCCUGUGUGUAUGUCUGUGCACUCACAUUCUCUCCCAGUGUAUUAAAGACAAGCAAUUAUUCAGAAACAAACACACACUAUAAAUAGCUGAAAAUAAUCUGGAGCACAGAGAAAUUCCAUUUUGGUUGGAGAAGUUCUGUGACCAGUGGCCUGUUCAGGGCCAGUACACAUCUACUUAGCAAGGACCAGGGCAUAGGUAUAAUUUGACUCUUCCCUCUGCCCCAUUAUUUGACACUAUAAUUUGGUAUUUUGGUCUAGAAAUUGGGGUGUGAUGGGGAAACAGAGGUAAAAGUACAUGAGAACUAAACCAGCAAGGUGAGGCUCCCACAUGAUGGCUGUGGAACAGUAGCCAAGGGGGCUACUUCUCUUUCGCUUUUGAAUCCCAGAAGUCUCUGUAUUUUUUAAAAAUGUAACAGAACUGAUAAAAUAGAGCCUCUUUCCUUAUUGAUAAGGAUGGCAGAUAAGAAAUGUUAAUGGUUACCCCAGCUGUGGUGGGUGAAUUUGUACUCUGGGCCAAUAGUAUCCUUCUUUAUUCAUGCACACCUUUUGUUAAAUACCUGAAUACAGUAUAGAACCUAUUCCUACAAGGAUUUUCCUGGGAAACUAGCUUCAUGGGUGGCUUUGGAAAUAGCUACUUGCUCUUCAUGGGAAGUUGGGUCUCUCAUUGUUCAUUUUGUCUCUGAUCUAAACCUUGCCUGAAAACAAGAUGAUCUUUUUCUGGAGUUCAUUUGUUGCUUUGUUCUUCAUCCUUGGUCAGUAGCUACACCUGAAAUGAGGGAUAAGGAACAGGAGACCAGGAGGUUUGUGAGUGAUAAAUCAUCUCUGUCGUGCCAGACAGCUUUUUUUAUAAAGCACCCAGGUGCCACCGUGACAGGCACUUUGAAAAUGCAGAUAAUUUCGUAAUUGCGAUGACUUAAACAGGAAAAAACCCCACAGCACAUGGGCAGAACUGUUCCUAAAUAAAGUAUUUGGAAGUUUCCA